AUGGGCAAUACCUGUGCAGUUAAAUAAGAAAUCUCAAACGAAGAAAAAGCAGAAAUAUAAAAUGAAGAAUAAUCACAUAAAACUCGGGCAGUGAAAAUUCCAGUGUUUACAAAAAAAUUAGGACUGAAUUUUAAAUUAGAUGAAGGAAUACAGAAGAUAAGACCGAAGCACGACAACGAAUCAGUUUAGGACAUCUCAACUGAAAGGAACUUGCAAGACUCUAAUGCCCCACACUUUUUCGUAUAGUAUAAAUAAAAUGAAGAUUCAUGUAAAGGAUAUUGGAAACAAAAGCACACCGAAGAUUUUCUUAAAGAAAUAUGUUCAAAAGAGGUAGUUUCUGAAAAAGCAGUGAUUUAAAAAAAGGAAGAUGAAUAUGAUGAUUACUAUGAUUAAAUAAGGGAAAAUGAUUUGGAUUAAUUUAAAUUUUAAACGAUAUUUAUAAUGAAGUUGGUGGACAGGAAUCAAUCAUAAUUUUAAAGAAAAUGA